AUGGCGUAUUCUAAAGGUUCAUUGGUUCUAUCCGAAGCAACAAUUGAUGACCUUCCAGUUUUGUCGGCGAUGUUCCCUCGGGCGUACCACAAUACCCCAUUCUAUGCGAAAAUGAUGCCGGAUACUCCGGCUAUUGAAGAGUGGUGGAAAGAGUCACACCGAAAUGCCCUACUUGACCCCAAAACUCGCUUCGCCAAAGUCACUGAUGAAGACACCGCCGAGGUUGUGGCAAUGGUUAGAUGGGUCCUCCCGCGCGACAAUGAAAGCCCACAGCCAGGGCCUGAAAAAGGCAGAUGGCCGGAAUUUCCCGAUGAUGUUGACCGAAGUCUGGCUGAUCCGUUGUUUGAAAGUGUGGCACGAUUUCGCAAGGAAAAUAUGGAAGACAGGAGGCAUUACCGCCUCGAAUUCAUCGCGACAGCCAAAGAGUACAAAGGCCGAGGCGCCGCUUCUCUCAUGAUGCGGUACGGUUGCGACAUGGCCGAUAAUGAUGGACUGGAAAUAUAUGUUGCCGCCAGUAUGGAGGGCUAUCCGGUGUAUCUCAAGUACGGCUUCGUCUUGAAGGGAGAGGAAACUAUGCCAGGUGGAUAUGGGCAUAUACAGCGGCAUUUAGUUCGACCUGCGAGAAAGCACUGA